AUGAGGCUGAAUCCCCUCAAGUGCGCCUUCGCCAUGGAAGCCGACAAGUUCCUGGGAUUCAUGAUAACUCAGAGAGGGGUAGAAGCUAACCCGGAGAAAUGCCAGGCAAUACUCCAGAUGAAGAGCCCGGGUUGCAUCAAGGACGUCCAAAGGUUGGCGGGGCGGUUGACCUCAUUAUCCCGGUUUCUCGGAGCUUCGGCAACAAAGGCCCUGCCAUUCUUUAACCUCAUGAAGAAAGGGAUGGCGUUUGAGUGGACGCCCGCGUGUGAAGAGGCCUUUCGGCACUUCAAGGAAAUCCUGGCGGCACCACCCGUCCUCGGGAAGCCAAAGGACGGGGAACCACUAUACCUAUACCUCGCCAUAACGAGUGAAGCCCUGGCCGCAGUUCUGGUACGGGAGGACGGAAAAGCUCAACAACCAGUCUAUUUCGUAAGCAGGGCCUUGCAAGGGGCAGAAUUAAGGUACAGCAAGUUGGAAAAGCUAGCCCUAGCACUCCUAACUUCCUCACGAAGGUUAAAGCAGUACUUCCAGAGUCACCAAGUUGUCGUCAGAACGGACCAAGGGAUCCGGCAAGUACUCCAAAAACCCGAUCUGGCGGGUAGAAUGAUGACUUGGUCCAUCGAACUCUCCCAGUAUGACAUACGAUAUGAACCCCGGCAAGCCAUCAAGGCGCAGGCGAUGGCGGACUUUCUAGUAGAAGUAACGGGGGAUCCAAGCGAAGAAAUGAGUACACGGUGGAAGCUCCAUGUGGACGGAGCCUCCAACCAGACCUUCGGAGGUACCGGGAUCAUCCUGGAAAGCCCGAUUGGGGUUGUAUACGAACAGUCGGUCAGAUUCGAGUUUCCCAUCUCGAACAACCAGGCAGAAUAUGAAGCCCUUAUAGGAGGCCUAACCCUAGCAGCAGAAGUCGGCGCAAGAAGACUAGAAAUAUGCAGCGAUUCCCAAGUCGUUACCUCCCAAGUAAACGGUAGCUACCAAGCCAAAGACCCUUUGCUACAGAAGUACUUGGAAAAGGUUAAAAGCUUGAGCCAAAAGUUCGAAGAGGUCACGGUCCACCACGUACCUAGAGAAAGGAACACACGGGCAGACCUCCUAUCAAAGUUAGCCAGCACAAAGCCGGGAGAAGGGAACCGGUCUCUCAUCCAAGGCAUGACGAGAGAACCAGCAAUCGCACUGCACAUGACAAGCCUAGGUUCUUCAUGGCUAGACCCCAUCACCGACUUCCUAGAACACGGCAAACUCCCUAGUGAUGAAAAGGACGCGGCGAAAUUGAGAAGGGAAGCGGCCAAAUACGCCGUCAUCCAAGGACAGCUGUUCAGGAAAGGGCUCAACCAACCCCUACUGAAGUGCCUACACCCCGACCAGACGGACUACGUCCUCAGGGAAGUCCAUGAGGGCUGCUGUGGGCACCACAUCGGAGGCAAGGCCCUAGCGAGGAAACUAAUCCGAGCCGGAUACUAUUGGCCGUCGAUGAUGGCGGACUCCAAAGAGAAAUUCAUGUGGAGGCAGGUGAUAACGCGAUUCGGGAUACCGGAAGUCGUCAUCUCGGACAACGGCACGCAAUUUACUGACAAAAAGUUCAUGGAAUUUCUCAAUGGCCUGGGGCUAAAAAAGAGAUUGGACAAUAAAAAGGGUGCUUGGGCCGACGAACUAGCAGCGGUUCUCUGGUCCUACCGAACAACUGAACAAUCCUCCACUAAGGAAACUCCUUUCCGACUAACGUACGGGGUGGACGCGGUAAUACCCGUAGAGAUCGGUGAACCGAGCCCACGGUUACUUUUGAAAGGAGUGGAGGAAACCGUAGAAAAAGACCUGAUAGAUGAAGCCAGGGAAAUGGCCCAUUUGACAGAAACAGCGCUAAAACAAAGAAUGGCUCUGCGCUACAACACCAAAGUGCUCAAGAGGGAAUUCGAGCCGAACGACCUCGUCCUGAGGCGAAACGAUAUCGGCCUACCGACCCCCGUAGAAGGAAAGCUAGCGGCGAACUGGGAAGGCCCCUACAGAGUCAAAAAAGUGAUGGGAAAAGGAGCCUUCAAGUUAGAAAGGCUUGACGGCAAAUCACCCCACCACAACCCGACAACAAUGCGCGGCCCCGGGAUUGAUCACCCCGGGAGCCCGUCAACCAUCGCGGUUGAAAACGGCCACGCAAAAAGGCCACGACCUACUAAUAUAAGCGACGACUAUAAACCAAUAACGGUUAAUAGAGACGGUAGCACGACCAAACGAAUAAGAAAAAGCUAA